CAGGUUCCCUGUGCCUGAGUCCUGCCUUUGCUCCUGGCACUCAGGUUCCCUGUGUCGGAGUCCUGCCUUUGCUCCUGGGACUCAGGUUCCCUGUGCCUGAAGCCUGGGUUUGUUCCCGGGACUCAGAUUCCCUGUGACAUCCCCAGGCUGUUCCUUCACCCCUGUGUUUACAUCCUCCCAGUGCUCCCUGAUUGCUUAACUGCUUGUCAAGGACUCUUGAGAAUCUCAAAGGAAACUCGGGAAGUGCAAAGUGGGAUUGCGUGGCCAUCCUCCUCCUGAUGUUUCUCUGUGUUAAACAGAGCUGUGAUAGCAAUAGCAGAAUAUAAACAUCUGGGGUUGAAGAAGUGCUGCAGAAGCUCUUGUGCAGCCUGUGGAGAUCUCACCCUUUUUGGGAAAUAAUGGCCAGCACCAGUUAUCCUCCACUAAAAAAUAUCUCCUUUUUUUUCCUCUUUUCUUUCCAGACUUUAUAUUCAGAGCACCCAUCAAAUUGAGCAAAACAGGAGAACUCCGAGAAGAAUAUGAAAGCCAGCUAAGGAAGCUGAGAGAAGAGAAACUGCAAGAAGAAAAGACAUCUGAGGAUCUGAUUCACAAGUUCAUCCUAGAUGACAUGGACGUAGGGAAAAGAAGAAUGGAGGAACAGCAGAAAAAAGAUGAAUCUGUAGUGCUGAAAGGGAACCAAGACUGUUUUCCUGAACGUCUCUCGGACUCCGAGAAUGAAGAACCAUUCCAGGGCAAGCAAACACACCGGUCAGCUUUUGUUUCCAAGACCAGUGCUUACUCCUUUGCUUUCCUUUCAGGGAAUUUAACCUCCAAGGUGGAGAGGAGUCGGAGCUGCAACGACACCAUUCAGGAGAGAUCCAAGAGCAGGCAGAGAUCAGCCCCAGCCACCAAAGCAAAGGUGCUGCCGGUGCCGGGCGCCUCGGCGCCGCUGCUGGGGGUGCUGUCGUGCGCGCAGAACCACCGCUGCCUGUCGGCCCCGGAGCUGACGGCUGAGCGGCGCCUGCUGCUCAGCGCAGUGUCCUCCCUGUCGGCCCUGCACCGCCCGGAGCGCUCCAUCAGCCCCGAGAGCAACGACAGCAUCUCCGAGGAGCUCAACCACUUCAAGCCCAUCGUCUGCUCCCCGUGCACCCCCCCGAAGAGGCUGCCCGACGGCAGAGUGCUCAGCCCCCUCAUCAUCAAAUCCACCCCCAGAAACCUGAACCGCAGCCUGCAGAAGCCAACCACCUAUGAGGCCAGUCCUAGAAUACUGAAAAAAUGGGAGCAGAUAUUUCAGGAGCGUCAGAUCAAAAAGACUCUCUCCAAAGCAACCCUUACGUCCUUGGCUUCGGAGCCUGGGGAAGACGUGGUGGUUCCUGACAUCACCAACUCCAGCAGCUGCACUAAAGAGCAGCCACAAGUGCAGGAGGAUCACCUUCCCCCUGACACAAUAGGAGAGCCUCGCCCUGAGCUGGAUUUCUUCCCUUCUGUCAGUGAAGUGAAGCUGGGGAGGGGGACUGAGAAGAACAGGGGUUCACAGGCCUUAACCACUGAUGAGGGUGCAGCUGAACCAGAUGUGAGAUCAAGUGUAACCUCCCUAAACACACGCGUGGCUGAAGUCCCUGACCUAAAGGUGAAUGCAUUCAUGGACAAAUCCUGUCUCAGCCUGGGCCCGAAAGUGCUGAGCAGGAGACUCAUGGGCAUCAGCGCAUCGCUGCCUGACAGCAGCACGCUCGCAGUCCCCAUCAAGCCAGCGGGGAAAAAGCAGCUGAAAUACCUGAACAACAGUGAGCUGAUCAACGUCCAGAACAGCACCUGCAACUCCGUGGAGAACAUCAUCGGGGAGCAGCCGCCGCUGCUGCGGCGGGGCCGGAAGAGACGCUGCAAAACAAAGCACCUGGAGCACAACGGCUCCGUCAAAAGACUGAGGCACGUGGCAGGGGAGGUGGGCCUGCCUCCGGAGGUUCGGGACGUGGAGCAGAAGCUCCAGCAAGAGGAGGAGGACAGGAGGCUGGCCCUGCACCUGCAGCGGAUUUUCGACAGCGAGAACAGGACAGUGGACAGGCGGAAAGUCCGCGUGGAUCGGUACCUGCUGCGGUCCAAGAGCACGCUGGGUGCCAAGUAGCACUGCUGGACGAUGUUGCCUUUCUAGAGGACGAUGGGGUUUAUCAGAUUAUCUUAUAGGAAAACUAUUUUUUGCCCUACGUCACCCACGCAGUUGUUUUUUCGUUACGGUGGUGAGACAUUGCUAGGUCCAGUUCAGAGAGAAGCCAGCGUCCUUUCAGAUUAAAAAAAGAGAGAGUGUGAGAAAAAAAAUCCUCCAGUCCUCUCUGGUCCAUUGGUCUGAAGGAAUUGUCUGUCAUCCCUGUGAAUACACUGCAAGGCCUCCACAGGCAGAUGGGCAGACCUGGGAUCCCCAGCUAGGAGGGUUGUGAAUAUGGGGUAUGAGGACCAUCCCUUGCCAAGAGAAAUAUGAGCUCUGCUCAUAGAAAUUGUCUGAGAGUCUUCUCCUCUCUGCCUGCCCCAUUUUCUCCCUCAGGCUGCAUCUGGUUGUGGGGUCAGCCUCUUAUCCAUGCUCUGUAUUUCUCCUGGGGAGUUCUAAACAGAGCCCACCCGUAGUACUUCCAAAUGAAUGUAUCUCACUGUCUGCAGCAGCAGUACAGAUCAUUCGUCACUUUCUUGAAGCAGAAAGCCAAAUGCAGUGAAAAGAAAGACCUAAAACAAGGAUUUUACUGGAAAACCUGAUAGGGGUUUGUAAUUUCAUGUUCCUGACAGGAGAGAGAGCUCAGGUGGAACAGCUGGAGCCACAUGCUGAGCAUUGGGACCCCAGGAGCUUUUCUCCCAGUCCAUGUCUUUUCCAAACCAUGUUCUUCCCUGUAGUAUUGAAGAAAGGGAAACACUGUUCAGGGAGUUUCUGGAAGGAUGUCCUCCCAGCUGCCACGUCCCUUGCUCAGUUGAGAGCAGUCUCGGCACAGCCAAGGCCUGUCCUUGCCUGUCCCAGAGGAGCAUCCCGAGAGAUCUGGGCAUUGCUGUGCUCUCCAGGCAGCUGACAGGAUGGGAGCCCAGCUGUCCUGAGGGCUGCCCUGCCCCUGCUCCAGCUUCCUGGCUUCAGCUCACACCACUAAGAAAGCUCAGGUGAGUGAUGCACUAAACUUCCAGGCACGAGGCUGCCUGGGGCAGAGCUGGCUCGGAGCCUGGGCUUGGUGGAGCGUGUGUUCUCUGCCCAGGUGUGGCAGGCCACCCUCUGAGUGUUCCUAACCCUCUUCCAUGGAUUAAUCUCAUGGAUUAUUUCCAGUAACAUAGCUCAAAAAGUACCCUUCCAACUCAGUCCGUGGCAGCUGCCUUGCAGAGUAUUCACAGGGACCCUCGAGGCCCAGGGGGACCUUUGGGACAGGGCGUGUGGCUUUGCCUGUCCUGCCCCCAUGUGCCACGUGGCAGGGGUGUUCUUGGGAUGAGCACAGUGCAGGGGCAAACUUCCCGCUGGAUCCUGUGAAGGGAGGGCAGCCAGUGCACAUCAGUAGCCAGAUCUGAUCCAAGACAACUGCGUUGCCCAAUUUCCUCUGUCUGAAAAUGGUUGAAUUUCCUCCCUCCAUCUUAAACAGUCAAAAAGAAAACAGGAACUGGUUUUCUUUUUCACUGCAAGGACCCUGGCAGGCUUUUUCCCCCUAAUUGAACUGGAUUUUAAAAGAAACAAAAAAAACAGAAAAAAAGAAAAAAGAAAUCUUAUAUUUUAUUGGGUAAAAUUUAUAUAUUUUAAAUACUAUAUUUCAACAGAUCAACACUUUUGUUUUGAGAAAUCUUAUAGCAAUGAUUCCAUAAUAUAUAUCUCUAUCUCUGUAUCUCCUUGCCACACAAACUACUGGAUGGUUCAGGUUGUACCGGGGCUGGUGAGCCCUGGCCUGCUCUGCCUUCCUGGCACUCCAGGCCCUCUCCUGCGCCUCAGCCUUGGCAGGUGCUGCUUGAAGCAGGCGCUUCGGACCCAAACCAAAACCUGCUCCUCUGUCCAGCUGUGCAUUAGAAGGAAAUUAAGGAAUUAGAACUUUGGCUGGACCCAGAAGAACAGCACAGAGGGAAGUAGUGAUGGCCUGGAUGUGCCCUCGGAGCUCAGGAGGGAAAGCCGCAGCUUUAACUCGGAAUCCAUGCUGGUUUUCCCAACGUUUUGAGCUGCAGUAUGCACUUCCCAGGUGCAGUUAGAUUUAGAAUUAUUUUUACAGGCCCCCUUUUCUGUGGCUCAUCCCUGGAACCCCAAACACACUUCCCUAAACAGUUUCCUUUUUUCUCGUGGUGUUUGUGGGGGUUCAGCUGGGGCUGGGCUGCUUACACCACAAAAAAAUGGAUUUACACGCUGAAUGUAUCUUUUCUUUCCCCUCUUAAAACAGAUUUCACAGCCCAAUGCACUAUGCCAGUGUCUUAAAUACCUUCUUUUGAAAAGAUUUUAAAAGUGUUUAGGGGUUUGUGCGUUAAUUUCCUGAUCCCAAAUCCAAGCCGGGCAGAAGUGUAGGGGGCAGUGCCUGGGCUGGAGCUUGUCCCCACCCAAAAAAAACUUCAUGGGACCUCCUGGCUGCCUCCAAAACAGAGAUCC